AUUUAUUUAAUGUUUGGAUAUGUUUUAAGACGAAUGAGCAAUCUCAGGUUCAGCUUCUGUAGUUUGAAUAGACAAAAUCAAGGAAAACCCGGUAUGAAAUCUGCCUCGACCAAUUAUUCAUAUACUUUCGAUGUGAUUAAUCACUAUGAUUAAAUCAGCAAAAUUAAAGGGAAGGGAGCCAUUGUAUCACUUAUGCCUUGUUAUGUAAGAUAAAAUAUAAUGUAGCCUCAAUAUCAAGUCACUAAACAAGGUUCAGUCGUUGUCAAGAUGAAAUAUACAAGAAAUUAUAUUUAUUUGUGGAGAUUUUAACCUGUUGCAGAUAUAGGAAAAGAAGUAAUUAAGAAAUUCACCAAUUCUAGGUCAAUAAUAAGGAAUCUUUGAAUUUCCCAAUUAGCUAUGAAAACUGUGGCUAUAUCUUAGAUUUAUGUGAUCAAUUGUCAGCCAGUCCAGAAAUCAAGCUAGAGGAGUAGACUAUUAAGGGCAAUCUGACAUUCACUGUUUUAAUUGACUAUCCAAAUAAAUCAGCACGUAUAUCUUUAUAAGCAGUUGCCCAACAGUAGUAAUAAUAACAAUCACAGUAAUAAUAAUAAGAUUAGAAAUAUGAAGUUUAAAUAGCUUUGGCACAUUUUAAAUUGAUUUGUGAAUAGAUGAAAGUAUGUGUUUUAUAAUUUUUUAAUAGUAAGGUCUACCUUUAGUAACAGGAUGGAUAAUUCCUGAAAAAUUUCUAUUUUAAAUUAACAAAGAACAAUAAGAAUGAUU